GCGAUGAAACACCUUGGGUUUAUGUACGAGACUGGAAGUGGCGUCAAGCUGGACAAAGAGAAGGCGACGCGGCUGUAUCGCAUGGCCGCGGAUCGGGGCGACGCGAUCGCGCAAUCCAAUUUAGCAAAGUUCCUUGAUUCUGAAGAGAGAUUUGAAGAAGCGUUCCGGUACUACGCGCUCGCGGCGGAUCAAGGCUAUACCGAUGCGGAGAAUAGCCUUGGCUGCUGUUACAGUCACGGAGAAGGCACGGAAGUCGACCUCGGGAAAGCCAGAUACUGGUUCGAGCGCGCCGCUGCCAAGGGCGACGAGAACUCUAUCAAUGCCCUCGCGCACCUCGACGCGCGACCAUAG